GCGUGAUGCGUGAUGUGUGUGGUGUGCAAGGCAAUAUUACUACGAGGUAGUACCAAGAGCACCAGCGAUUCUAAAAUAAGACUACGAGCUACCGUCGCGUUUGAAUAAAUUUCGCAGUUGAGAACGCGCCGCAGUAACGCGCGCGUGAAUAAUUCGCACGUACGUUCAUUCUUGAGAUGAGCCCUCGCGCUCGACGCUCAUUGCACGCGGAGGUCUUGUAAGGGUCGCUUCGCCGAGGGAAAAAAAAGGCGUCGUCGCGCUGCGAUGCCGCUGCGCUUUGACAGAACGAAGGAUAAUGCACUGUUGACGAGGACCAUCAUCCGGAGGCACACGUUCUCAUGCACGCUAUCGACGCGGUGAACAGAAUGGGCAAGCAAAACGGCUCGUGCUGGUGGUGUGUUAAAGCCGUUAAAUGGAUACCAGUGCUCUUCAUCCUGACAAUCGUCGCCUGGUCCUAUUAUGCCUACGUGGUGCAGUUGUGCUACUACACAAUAGACAGCUAUGCUCAAAAAGCUAUCUACCUGCUCUUCUUCCACAUUCUAAUUCUGAUGUUUUUGUGGUCAUAUUGGCAGACAGUGUACACAAAUUUAAUGCCAGUACCAGAUAAGUUUAAAAUACCCGAUGUCGAAAUGGAGAAGUUGCAGCAAGCCGAAACUGAGGAAGUGCAGAGACUAAUUUUGGAAAGAUUUGCACAAGAUCUUCCAGUUACCAACCGCACUAUAAAAGGAGCCAUGCGAUUCUGUGAGAAAUGUCAGUUAAUAAAACCCGAUAGGGCACACCACUGCAGCGUGUGCGGCACUUGCGUCUUAAAGAUGGAUCACCACUGUCCGUGGGUGAAUAAUUGCGUAGGCUUCCACAACUACAAAUUCUUCAUGCUGUUUCUGGCGUAUGCACUUAUCUACUGUAUAUUUAUUACCGCCACAUCUUUGCAAUACUUUAUACAAUUUUGGAAGGGCGAAUUAGACGGAAUGGGUAGAUUUCACCUACUGUUCCUUUUUUUUGUUGCGUUGAUGUUUGCAGUUAGUCUUACCUCCCUUUUCUGCUACCAUUGCUAUCUUGUUGUGCAUAAUAGGUCAACGCUAGAGGCUUUUAGAACGCCUAUGUUCCGGACGGGAAAAGACAAGGACGGAUUUAGCCUGGGAAAAUACAAUAAUUUUCAGGAAGUAUUCGGUGACAACUCGCGUCUCUGGUUUCUUCCUGUAUUUAGUAGUCUGGGAAAUGGUGUCGUCUACCCAGUAAGAUCGCAACACCAGGGCACACCCAAUACUUAUGACUCCAUGGGCAGUACUCAGAACAGGUCCACCAUUGAACAAAUGACUAUGAUAGAAGAAGCUACAAUUUUGGCUCUUGGCACUGGCACUGCUGUGAUAGGUCCUUCUGUGGACGUCGAACAACCGUUGGUGAAUAAUACAGAAUCUGUCUGAAUGACACCGUUCGCGCGACAAUGCCUCGUGUCCAUGCCUUCGUGCAAUCAUUGCAAUUGCUUUACGAUACGAUGGAUAUGAUUGAGAAUUAUUGAUUUACGCUCGCUUUCUUAAAUCUUAUGAAAUGAGAUUUUAAUUUGUGGCAUUGUGUAUGUAUUACAUAAUGCUGUUAUCGUAAAAAGAGAUUUACACCAAAUUGUUACCAUAGUGAAUGCAGAUAUUUUUAACACUACAGGUUGUCUCACACUAAGAUACUUUGCGUAUUAACUGUAUUAUAUAUAUUGUAAUAUAUACAUGGAUCGUUGUUAAAAAAACGUAUUGUUAUGAUAACUCCUUGUAAUUUUAAUCUUAGUAUAUAUUACAUAAUAUAAUUGAACUAUCUUGUAGCGUGGUAAAUAAUAUCGAUGUCACUAUAAAUUUACAGCUGCUUGUGUAGAUUAUAAUGUGUAUCAUAAAUGGCGAGAGAAGUCAGUUUAAUGUGACGAUCGAACAACUGCAUUUGCACUGACUACCUCUGUCAGGAUACAAAUAUGUACAUGUGUGUUGAACAGAACAAGAAUUACAAAUAAAAAUUCGUCCAAGUUGCAUUGAAAGAUAAAUGGGAUGAUUCUAUAAUAAAUUUAUAAUAACUCUUUAAGAUUACUAUUAUUGUGUAUAACUUUCCAGGUUUACUAUGUAAUAUUUUUACAUAAAAUAAUAUUGGUUGUCUUUACAGAAAACAAUGUAAAAAGAAUAGAAUUAUAUAUUAAUUCGUUUCUCAAUAAUUUAUAAAACGUACGAAAAUACGUAUGUAUAGUUUUGCACGAUUUGCAAAACUAUACAUUUGCAAAUAUAUAUUUAUCUUAACUUUAUAUCACAUACAAAGUGAGAAUCAUCCUAUUUUGUUUAAAUUGAUACUUAAUAAGCUAAGAUCUUGUUUCACGUUUUGCAAAAUUUAAUAAUUAAGUGCCAUCGAUUUCUUAACUUUGUAAUAUUCUUAUAAUGCGAUUUACUUUAUCAUAGUCACAUAUAUAUUAUUAAAUAUCUAUGUUAUACAAGCUUUAUUUUACAAUGGAGGGUGUAACGGUGUAAUAUUAUUAAAAUAUCAAACACAUACAUGACAACAGAAUUAUAAAGAAGAAUUAUAAAGAGAUGUCUGUACUUAUAUCUGUAAACGCGAUUACAAUUAAUGAUUACUUAUGGUUUACAUAUUAAUUUUCCAGAAUAUCGUUUUUAUAUAAAAAAUAUUUGGAAUGACAAUAUUAGUUUUACAAAUACUUAAAUAAUAUUUGGAAAAAUUAAAAAAUGCAAUAUGUUUCUGUGCAAUUUGUUACAUGUUGCGACUUUUAGACAUAAAAAUUAUUCGUACAUAUUUUAUAUUGGACUGCCAUGCUUAAUUAUAUUGCGUAUGUUUGUGUACUUUUAAAGAAUUAUGUGUAUUUUUAUUCUCAAAUAUUGAAACUAUACACACACGUCUCACGUGUAUGUAACAAUUAUUAAGAGCUACGUCAAAUCCUAAAAGCUAAGUAAACAAUAAUCUACACGUGUGAGUUGUGUAGAUUAAUGUUUAGUUAGGUAUGCUGAGCCUGUAUUUCUUAUGUAUUUAAUUCUUUAAUGUAAAAAAUUUACAACAUGCUUAUCGAAAAUGAUUUAUUAAUCAUCGUUGACUGGAAACCUUAUUACUUUUCAAAACAGUGUGUAUAAGGAAUUAUAAAUUACAGUAUGUUUACGAAACUA